AUGUUAAAAAGCAACAUCCAUGCUUUCGGGACUUGGCUCCAAGAUGACCAAAAAAAGGAGAAACACAACAGUCGUGCCAGAAAGGGCCGCGGCCACGUGUGGUCAAUUCGCUGUACUAACUACGCCCGCUGCGUACCCAAGGACAAGGCCAUUAAUAAGUUCGUCAUUCGGAACAUUGUAGCAGCCGCUGCAGUCAGGGACAUAUCCGAAGCAAGUGUCUUUAACACUUAUGUGCUCCCCAAACUCUAUGUCAAGCUGCAUUGCUGUGUGAGCUGUGCUAUUCAUACUAAGCUGGGGUCUUUCAAUAGCAAGGUAGUCAGGAAUCGAUUUCGGGAAACUGGGAAGGACCAGACACCCCCACCACGGUUUAUAUCUGCUGGUCCUGCGCCACGACCUCCACCAAAGCCCAUGUAA